AUGACUGGGAUUCCUCAGUUUGUUCUUCGGAAGGGUUCAUCAGAGAAGACGUUCCGCACUGGGCCACGGAAUGGAGUUCGAUUUAGUGGUAUUGGUUGGGGGUCAACCACGGUUUUCAAACACAGUUUUAUAUUCAAUGCAGAUGAGGUGUAUUAUAUUGACGAGUCUAGCCAUAUUUCAAGACUUAAGCUGAAUCAAACUGAAUUAACAAUAGGCCAAUAUGUGAGUGCUUGGAGGGGUUCAUUCCAAAAUCACAGCGGAUGCGUGAGGAGGACAUCACUGGAUUGCCACAACGAGGAUGGAUUUGUGAAACUCAAAAAUGUGAAAUUGCCAGACCUGUUAGAGUUUUGGCUGAAGGAGACUCUGAACCUUAAGGAGUGUAAGGCAGAGUGCUUGAAGAAUUGUUCUUGUACAGCUUAUGCUAAUUCAGAUAUCAGGGGAGGAGGCAGUGGCUGUUUGAUGUGGUUUGACAAUUUAGUUGAUAUUCGUGAUUUCGAUUUCAAAGAGAGCAAGCAAGAUAUGUACAUACGGAUGCCAGCUUCGGAACUCAGUAAGCAUACUUGUUGCGAUACUAUAUAA